AUUUUUAUAUUUCUUCAAGAAUUCUUCUACCUAAUUAUGGCCUUAGAGGCUGUUGUUUAUCCGCAAGAUCCAUUCUCCUACAUCUCUUGCAAAGAUUUUCCUUUUUACGACUUAUACUUUCAAGAAGAAGAAGAUCAAGAUCCACAAGACACCAAGAACAACAUUAAGCUAGGGCAAGGACAAGAACCUAAUGGGUUUGCGAGUUAUAAUUACAACGGUAAAAGCGGAGAUAACAGUGAUAAUUAUAAUUACAACGAAGAGGAUCUUCAAUGGCCACGAGACCUUCCUUAUGGAUCUGCCGUUGAAACCGAGAACCAGCCUCCACCGUCGGAUGUGGCUGCUGGAGGAGGGAGGAGGAAAAGGAGGAGGACGAGGAGUAUCAAGAACAAGGACGAGAUUGAGAACCAGAGGAUGACUCACAUAGCGGUCGAGAGAAAUCGCCGGAAACAGAUGAACGAGUACCUCGCCGUUCUCCGUUCUCUUAUGCCACCUUCUUAUGCUCAAAGGGGAGAUCAAGCGUCGAUAGUAGGCGGAGCCAUCAACUACUUAAAGGAGCUUGAGCAUCAUUUACAAUCAAUGGAGCCUCCGGUCAAGACCACUGUCGAAGACGCCGGAGCCGGCUGCGACCAGAUCAACACAACCGCAGCUAGCUCAUCGGGACCAUUCUCGGAUUUCUUUGCAUUUCCUCAGUACUCGAACCGGCCUACGUCUGCCGCGGCGGCUGAGGGGAUGGCGGAAAUAGAAGUGACAAUGGUGGAGAGCCAUGCGAGUCUGAAGAUACUUGCUAAAAAGCGACCGAGACAGCUUCUUAAACUGGUCUCAUCGAUACAGAGCCUAAGGCUCACUCUUCUCCAUCUCAACGUCACCACUCGAGACGACUCCGUCCUCUAUUCCAUCAGCGUCAAGGUUGAAGAAGGUAGCCAAUUGAAUACAGUGGAAGAUAUUGCAGCAGCUGUGAAUCAAAUCCUAAGGAGGAUCGAAGAAGAGUCAUCCUUUAGCUAAUAUUGUUGAAUAUUAGUUAUGACACAUUUAGAGGAACUCUAAUUUUUCAUGUGUGGUCUUUUACUCUCUCUUUUUCAUAUAUUAAACUAAAUAAAGUUAAAUAUUAAAA